AUAUUGGAUAGAGAGAGAUAAAGAGGAUAGAGAGAAAAGGAGACAGAUUGAAGGAAGAGAGGAACAGAGAGAGCGUUAGAAAAGGGUGGUAGAGAGAUAGUGUGGGAUAAAGAGACUGGGAUAAAGAGAAGGAUACUGUGAUAGAUUGGAGUAAUCCAGGAAGGAGAGAGAGAGAGAUAGGGAGAGAAAGAUAGAGAGAGGAAUAGAGAGAUAGAAGAGAGACAGAGAGUAGCAGAGAGUGUGGCAUAGAGACUGGAAUAAACUGGGAUAAAGAGAAGGAUACGUGAUAGAGAGACGGGAGUAAUCUGGAAGCUACAGAGAGAGAGGGACUGGGAUAGGGAGAGAGACCAAGUUGAACUGGGAUAGGUAGGGAGAUUAAGGUAAACCAGGAGAGCUGCAAAAGAUGAUUCCUCCAAUAGAUUCACUUUUGAAAUAUGACCAUCCACUACUUGUCAGCAGGAAUGUAGAGAAAAAAUCUGCAAAGGCCCGUCCCUUCAAAGUGAGUGCCCAGCAGCCUACAUCGACUUCACCGGUUCCAAGUCCUCCGAAAGCCAAACCAGUUGCAGUAGAUGUCACCAAGCAGACAGAGGAGAUUUUAAAUGCAAUUUUGCCACCCAGAGAAUGGACAGAGAAUUCUCAGCUGUGGAUUCAGCAGGUAUCCAGUACUCCCUGCACUCGGAUUGAUGUUGUCCAUCUGCAGGAACAACUGGAUCUCAAGCUGCAGCAGAGGCAAGCUCGAGAGACUGGAAUUUGCCCUGUCCGUAGGGAGCUAUACUCUCAAUGCUUUGAUGAACUAAUCAGGCAAGUGACCAUAAACUGUGCCGAGCGAGGAUUACUGUUGCUGCGAGUCCGCGAUGAGAUCCGAAUGACCAUUUCUGCCUAUCAGACACUGUACGAAAGCAGUGUGGCUUUUGGGAUGAGGAAAGCUUUACAAGCAGAAGAGGGCAAAACUGACAUGGAAAAGAAGAUCAUUGAUUUGGAAGCAGAAAAGAAAGAACUGGAGAGACAACUGAACGAGCAGAAAGCGAAGUGUGAAGCCAUAGAGAAAAGGGAGAAUGAAAGACGUCAGGUGGAGGAGAAGAAGCAUGCAGAAGAAAUACAGUUUCUCAAACGGACUAACCAGCAGCUUAAGGCACAACUAGAAGGCAUCAUAUCACCAAGGAAAUGAAACUAUGCACUUGCUCUCCAAUAUUGACUUUUAAGUAUACUAUGCUCUCAUACUAUUACUGUAAUUUAAACUGUUUACAAGUUAUUAUAUAGGCAAAGGUUUCAGUCUAUUGAAUAUAAUCUCAAUGCUCUAAAGACUAGUAAUAGUUUGUGAGAAGAUUUGUACCUCGGGUGCUCGUUGUUGUGGUUCUGUUCGCCGAGCUGGGAAUUUGUGUUGCA